UUAAAUAUCGCAAGCGGCACGUUCGAACUUUUUUAACGAAGUGCACCAGUCUUUACCCGAACCGGUGUCAAUUUAGGUGAUAUUUCAAGUGAAACUUUAUCUCGCAAGGCAAUAAUUUGAAAGGAAAUGGAUCUGCAUAUUUCCUGGGCUUUUCUCAUCCCUCUGAUGCUCAUGCUGACUGAAGCAAAGAAGGACAAAGAGCUCUAUUGUGCUGUCUGCAGAGCCUUGGUUGAUGAAGUUAGCUUUAGUAUUGGUGAAGUUGAUCCGAAGAAAUUGGUUCAGGUUGGAAGUUUUCGAAUUGAUGGAAAAGGAAAUCAGAUGACAAAGCAGGUUCCCCUUGCUAGAUCAGAAAUACAUCUUACUGAGUUAUUGGAAGGAGUGUGUGAAAGAUUUAAAGACUACGCAGAAACUAAAAAUAGUGCAGGAAAAACAAGUGUAGUAAGAACGGCCUCUAGAAAUGGGAAACCUAUAUCCCUGCAAAAUAUAUCUAUCAGCAGCGAGAAACAGAAACUCAUCCGUUUUGCUUGUGAUACAAUACUAGAAGACCAUGAGGAUGACAUGAUGGCAGCCUUCAAAAAAUACACCGAGCAAUCUGAAGCAGAGGAGAAAGUUUGUAGGGAAAUAGCAAACUUGUGUUCAGAAGGAGAUCUCCAGGUAUCUAUGCCCUCUUCAGAAAUGACAGCAGAGGAAAUAGCAGCAAUGGACAAUGAAAGUGAUAGUGACGAGACAGAUGUUGAAGACAGCGAAGAUGAAGACUCAGAAAAUGAUGCCAGUCCACCAGAGGUAGUCUCCACCAAUGAUGAGGAAUAUGUUUCAAUGACAAAUCAACAAGAAGAGACAGAACAGAAGUCUGAGAAGGAGGAGCUAUGAUGCUAGUCUCUUUCUUUAGUGUGUUAGUUCUGAGUGUUUGUUUUAGUCAUACUAUCAUACCCAUGUCGCCCUUUUGUGUGAAUAUUUAAGUAUUUUCAUGAAUAGGUUCAAUUUUCAUACCACUUUCUUGAUGAUUUUUUUUAAUAAUCAAUUUGCAUUUUGCUUUAUUCUUUCUCAUGAAAUAAUGUUAAAGAUCGUACCUUUAAAGAAAAAGUUACAAACAAAGACUACAUAGAGUUAAGCUCACUGCAGCAUCAUUUCCUUUUCUUGCUACAAUUUUGUUGUCAUGAAAUGCAAUGUAAAAUUAAAAACCGAACCACAAUGAUUUCAGAAAAUGUAGCACAAACACUGCAUAAUACAAACACUCACACCAGUACUCUUAACGGAAGUACAUGGAAGCAUGCUUCAGGAAAUAACUUUUUUGUGAUGAUUGUGUAUGAAAUACUGUAUGAGAGACCUGCAUUAUUUAGAAAUCAUAUUGUAUUUAUUGAAUUCAAUAACCCAGGUAGAAUAUUUGAAUUAUUGAUCAUUGGUUCAACCUAACCGUGUUUCUAUGAACAGAGAUGUGUAAUGACAUGAAUGACCAGAAUGCAUGGGUUGUCUACUGUAUAAAUGCUUGAUAACAGUGUGACAAAGCAAUACAUAAAUGCCAAAAAAAUUAUAUUUGAUACCAUAGCAAGGAAUAUUUUAAUGAAAAAUAAAAGAUUGUAAGUUCAUAUGACACAGAAUACAGAAGAAAACAGUAUCGUGAUAAUAACAGUUGUUAACAUAUUGUGAUUGAAUAUUUUUUUCUGACAUUGAAUUUUAAAAAUAUGCAUAGGAGGUUGAUUUUUGAAUAUAUAUGUGAUACACAUUUUAAGUGCUUUCAACUAGUAAACAAUUCAAAGUUCCUGGUACCAAUUAUGUUGAUUAUUUAUAAAUCAUUUAGGAAGAAAUCUUAAAAACUUGAAUCCUUUACACUCUUGUUGGAAUAAUUCUAACAAAAUGACAUGUUUGGUAAAAAUAUUAAUUUUCAAAUAUUGAAUGAACUUACAGGAAUACUUACUUUAAUAUAUACAGUUGUAUAAUAUAUGUUAUUAAGUGAACAAGGACAGAUGUGAAAGCAUGGACAGAGAGUAUGCCUUUUUCACUAUAAAAAGGGAACGGAUAUUGUCUGAUGAUACAUAAUAAAUCUUAAUGUGUGAAAGCUUGGAUGGGAUACACGCCAAUAUGUAUGUUCCAUUAGAUAUCCUUUAUUUUUAUACAUGAAUGUAUUGCAAUGGAAGAAAAAAUUCAGGCACUGUUUUAUUUCCAAUCA